GUCUUAUGACCUGACUCGCCUAUGAGGAAGAUGGUUAGUAUUCAAAUCGCUUUAGGCAGACGGAGGAAGAUAUGGUUGGAAAUAAUGAAAAACUGGAGAAGGAGAACAGUGUGGAAAAUAAUUUCUGUUCUCGGUCAGGACGAAUCAGAGCUGUACUGAAAGGAAACUCAAUAUCCAGAGGGAAAGGCCGCAGAAGAUGCUUCUGGAACAGACUGCAACCAUUUAAGUUCUGCGGAACCGGAUCUGACUUGAAAUUCCUGGGUCAAAGCGCACAAAGUGAAAGUGAUUUGAUGUCCGAGCUGUGUUAUAACCGUGGCUGCGGACUCCGUUUCGAACCGCACAGUAACACAGGCGAUGCUUGCUGUUACCAUCCUGGCGUUCCCAUAUUCCAUGAUGCACUCAAGGGAUGGUCAUGCUGCAAAAAGAAGACAACUGACUUUUCAGAAUUUCUGGCAAUCCCGGGAUGCACCAAAGGUCGGCACUCCAAUGUGAAGCCGCCAGAGUCCCUGAAACCCGAAAUAACAUGUACCAAGGAUGGAGCAGAUAACUUGAAGCCAGGGACUGCCACUGAGUACAUCAUGAAGGGUCCCAAGUCAGCAGAGCUGAUGAAGAAAGAAAGACCAAGUUCUGACGAACCAAUGGUAAAACUGCCUCAGAGAGUCUCCAAGUCACUGCAGGAGUCCCUGGACAAGCUCAGUGAAUCAAAUCAGAAAACGGACACAAAGAAAGAGGACGACAUCAGUGGUGGAGUUAAAGUGGGCACUUUGUGUAAAAAUGCUGGCUGUAAGAAGACAUUUCUGGGGCCGGAGAGCGAUCGGGAGACAUGCAACUUUCAUCCCGGAAUACCCAUCUUCCAUGAAGGAAUGAAGUACUGGAGCUGCUGUAAGAUAAAGACCACUGAAUUUGAUGAAUUCCUUGAACAGCCUGGCUGUGUUAGGGGCAAGCAUCUCUGGACCAAGAAAGAAUCAGAUAAAAAACUGGUUGGCUGCCGGCAUGAUUGGCAUCAGACUGGCAGUAUGGUGGUCCUUACAGUUUAUGCAAAAACCUCCAACCCAGAGCACAGCUACGUAGAUGCUAACCAGACAAUGUUGACUAUCCACAUCAUGUUUGAAAAGGAUAAAGUUUUUCACAAAGUAUUAAACCUAUGGGGUGUUAUAGAUACAAAUAAAAGCUUUGUCAAUAUGGGCCCAACAAAAGUGGAAAUCAGCCUUCAGAAAAUGGAUCCUGUGACCUGGGCCAAACUUGAACUGCCACCUCGUAAAGUUGAAGAGAAGGAAGAAAAGAAAGACAAAGAAGAGAAAGAAGAAAGCCAAAAAGAAGAGAAAGUAAAGGAGAGUAAACCUAUAGCCCAGGAGUUAAAUGAAAUGUACUUGGGAGAUGAACCACCACCUCUAGAAGAUGAUGAGUCUGAUGAUAGUUUAGGACUUUCUGAUACUGAUGAAGAAUUUGAUUGAUGAUUCAUUCGAUGUUGGGUAGCAGCAUUCAAGAUCCAACAGCAUAAAUAGCAAAGUACUGCAAUUUUAUGCAGUUUCACUUUUCUGAUAUUGUGUAUGUGAUUAUCUUAUUCUGAAACGUAGUUUGCAGUGUGGAUUAUCCACUGAAAAUUAAAAUCUUUGCAGAAUGUAAAAAAAAUGCAAAUAAAUGA